AUGUCGCCCGCCCCACUGGAUGCAUGCAAGCAUACCCCGUCCCUCGAAUCGAGCGUUUAUGUAACAUAUAUUGUAUUACAUAUCUAUCCCAUCUCACACAUUCCUGCAAAAAGCCUCCCUUUACACACACGCAGACCGGCGCUCCCUUACCCAGACUGCGCAAACCGUUUCACCCCGCCCACUCGAAAAAAAACCCCACCUACACAAAAGAGAAUGCCCCAUCUCCUCCCUCCACAAAGCUAUGCCUUCCUCCCACGCUUCCACCACCACCACCGUCGCCGCCGCCAACCCUCCACACCCACAACCUCCAUCCCACCACCGCCCCAAAUGUCCCUCAUAACCCACACCCUCACCUACGCCCUCGCCCUCAUAACCCUCUCCACCCUCGCCCUCACCAUCCUCUCCCUCUCAACCUUCUACACCACACUCUUCACCAGCACCGGCGGCCAGCAACUCCACAUGCUCUUCCACGCGAGCGUCGUCGGCGCCACGGUCCUCAUGGCCACGCUGGUCGCAGACGAUGUCGCCGCCAAGGUGCUGGGACUGCACGGGAUACGGUAUCAGAGUGGGACGGCGGCGGAUGCGAUGUUGAUGGCGUUGUUUUGGGUGAAUGUGGGCGUUGGGGGUGGGGUUUGGGCAGUGUUGCUUGUGAAGGAGUGGGUUGAGAAGGGGUUUUGGUGUUCGGUUCUUGGGGUUUGA